AAAAAAAUGAUAUGUAAGAAAAAUACAGGCUGAUGAGAGAGUCUGUUUAGCUAUAAUUCUGAACCGAAGAUGUCUGUCAGUAUAUGUAUAUCUAUGAGAUUCCUCUAUGAGCUAUGUAGGUGUAAUGAUCACUUCUUUUAUAUCCAUACACGAGUACUUCUUUUAAUAUCUCUAUCUCUGUAUUCGCACAUCUCCUAGUAGAGAACUCACUUACGCUUAAACUUGUCUUUGCACUCUCUAUCUCACUCUUGUAUUCUCUCAAAGAAGAAAAUGAAAAGUACAAAGAAGCAUGUUGUCACUAGAGCCUGUCCUUCUCUUGCUGUUGCCCAGGCGAAUCCUCAUGCCAACAAAGAUGCUGUUCCCAUUGAAGCACCGAUUAUAUCUUCUUACAAUGACCGGAUCAGGCCGUUGCUUGACACUGUGGACAAGCUAAGGAACCUGAACGUGAUGAGAGAAGGGAUCCAGCUUCCCACCAUUGUUGUGGUUGGAGAUCAGUCUUCAGGGAAGUCAAGUGUUCUUGAGUCCUUGGCCGGAAUCAGUUUGCCUCGUGGGCAAGGAAUCUGCACUAGGGUUCCUCUUGUGAUGCGGCUUCAGCGAAGUUUAAGCCCUGACCCUGAGAUCUGGCUUGAGUAUAAUGACACUACUAUUCAUACUGAUGAGGCACACAUUGCUGAAGCGAUUUGUGCUGCAACUGAUGUGAUUGCUGGUUCUGGCAAAGGCGUUUCAGACACUCCCCUGACGCUCCACGUGAAGAAGGCUGGUGUUCCAGAUAUCACCAUGGUUGAUCUCCCUGGUAUAACCCGUGUUCCCGUGAAUGGGCAGCCUGAAAACAUCUAUGAACAGAUUUCCGGGAUGGUAAUGAAGUAUAUCGAGCCACAGGAAUCCAUUAUCCUCAAUGUCCUGUCAGCGACAGUUGAUUUCACAACUUGUGAGUCAAUACGAAUGUCAAAACAGGUAGACAAAACCGGUGAGCGGACUCUGGCUGUUGUGACAAAGGCAGACAUGGCUCCUGAAGGGCUCCUGCAGAAAGUAACAGCAGAUGAUGUGAGUAUCGGACUUGGUUAUGUCUGUGUGAGAAACCGCAUCGGAGAAGAGACGUACGAAGAAGCCCGUAUUCAAGAAGAGUUACUUUUCAGGACUCAUCCACUGCUAAGCUUGAUCGAUGAUGACAUUGUAGGCAUCCCUGUGUUAGCUCACAAGUUGACACAGAUCCAAGGAAUGAUGAUCUCCCGGUGUUUGCCUGAAAUCGAAAGAAAAAUCAACGAGAAGAUGGAAAUCAGUAUCCUCGAGUUCAACAAGCUUCCCAUAGUGAUGGCUUCUACUGGAGAAGCACUGAUGGCACUAAUGGAUGUCAUAGGCUCAGCAAAAGAGUCUCUUUUAAGAAUCCUCGUCCAAGGAGACUUCUCUGAAUACCCUGAUGAUCAAAGCAUGCAUUGUACCGCCCGCCUGGCUGAAAUGUUAAACGGAUUCUCAGACAACCUACAAGGACAAUCUGAGGCCGUUUCAGAGUUCUUGAUGGAUGAAAUCAAAAUCUUGGAAGAGUGUAAAUGUAUUGGAUUGCCUAACUUUAUACCAAGAUCCUCUUUCUUAGCAAUCCUCUCACAACAUGUGGAUGGUAUACAAGCCAAGCCGGUUGAGUUCAUCAAGGAGAUAUGGGACUACAUUGAAGUUGUUAUCUCAUCAGUCAUUGCCACAUAUUCUGAUAACUUCCCACAGAUUCAAUCAUCCAUCAAAAGAGCUGGUCGUAAUCUAAUGAGCAAGACUAAGGAACGUUCAGUGAACAGAGUAAUCGAGAUCGUGGAGAUGGAGAAGCUUACUGAUUACACAUGUAACCCUGAUUACAUGACGUCUUGGACUCAGAAGACUACUUCACAGCAAAACUUCAUCGACGCUGUGUUGCACGAUGAGAAUAAACCUGAGUGGUUUACUUUACCUGGAUUCGGGGAUGUGAAGAUUUCGCAUCUACGGAAGUAUCACGCUCAUCUGCUGCAGCAAGCGUUCGAUAUGAAGAUGAGGAUCACAUCGUACUGGACGAUCGUGCUGCGAAGGAUCGUGGAUAAUCUUGCGCUGUAUCUUCAAUUCUCGGUGAAGAAUCUUGUCAACAGUGAGUUUCAGAAGGAGAUCGUUGCUGAAAUGGUGGAUACAAGAGCAGGCGGAGGAAUUGAGAGGAUGCUGGAGGAAUCGCCGUCGGUGGCGAACAAGAGGGAGAAGCUCAAGAACAGUAUCAAGCUUCUCAAGGAGUCCAAAGACGUUGUGGCGGCCAUUGUUGAUCAGAACUCUGGGUAUGGAGAUCGUUGAUCGAGUUGCUUCUUUCCGUCGAGCUAUGGUGAAGUCGGAGUCGGGUAUGGAGAUCAGUGAAGUCGGGUCGGGUUAUUUUAAGUUAGAGUUGGGUUUUGGGCCAUGUUAAUGUUUUUAAUCUUUUUGUGUUGUUAUGUAAAACGCUUUUAAGCAU